GUCAUAGAAACAAUGGUUGCACAUCAAGUCUCAACAGUAGUCUGCUCUUUCUGCAAUGUGUCGCUGCAAUUUAUUUCAUUCAUCAUCGAAUUAUGAUAGUGGUUCAGUGUAUUUAACAGUUACAUGCUACCUUAUUCAUUCGAGUUUGUAUGCAGUUACUGGUGGCAUUCAUGCUUGCUGUAAUAAAGCCGUUGUUUAUCAAGAAGUGAUUUUAUGAGACGGAGAAAAGAACAGCAGAGGAAAAUGAGUGGCAUAGACUGCAAAAUGUGUUGUAAUUCUUAUAACACGUUUGAAAGAAGACCUCUAGUUUUGCCCUGUGGACACACAUUUUGCUCCAGCUGUAUCUGUGUUCCUAUCAAGGAGGAAAAAUUGACAUGUUACACCUGUCAUAUGGAACACACUGUUCAUUCUAGCACAAUAUUCCCCAUUAAUUUUGAAGUGGAAAAUAUCCUACACCGCUUCACCACGAUGGAUUCUAACCCUUUCAUGGGAGCAACAAGUAAGAUGAGUCAAAGCAUCGAAUCAGUCAGCCUUGCGAUGAACAGAGAAGCCAUUGAAUCUCGGUUCCAGGAAGCAAACUCCCAACUCCAGUACUACAAGACGCACCUAGAAAGUUGGGAAGAAGGCUGCCAAAGGGAGUUCCAAGAGCACAUGGAAUUCAUUGACCGCAUUGGGAAUAUUCUUAAGUGGAUCACAAACGAGAUCUUUCGAGUUGAUGAAACUUUGCAUGAGGGAGAGAAGAAGAUGCAGGAGGUGAAGGAUUCCAAGGAAAAGCUGGAUGAAGUGAGAGGGGCACAGAACUUGUUCGAGGCUUUCCAGAAGGUUUAUGAGCGUUAUGACUCGUUUGACAGCUGGGUUCGCCAUGUGGGGGCGAGCUUUCCCGACAAGAAGCGCCUUCAGAAAUCCUGCCAGCUGCAGUCAACAUCAUUCCGGAAGGAAGGAGCAUCAUCGUCAGUCAAAUCGGAAGGUGCAGCCUUUAAUGAAAAAAAGGAUGUAUGCCCUGGUGCCUGCUCUGACGGUUUGGAUGGCGUUGUAGGAGAUAGUUUUUCCUCGUUGUCGAUAGAAGACAAAAUCGAAAAAAUCAUGGAUUUCUUCCCCACUCGACGGAAGAGUCAGUUCACGCAGACACACGAGGCUGCGUUUCUCAAAGAGAUAGACAUCCGCGACAUAUCUCCAUUCACCGAAGGGAUGCUGAGGCAGGGACGUGUGUUUGCAGCUCAGACCGACAGAGACAAAGGUACUACACGGUACGCAAGAAUCAGCCUCGAUAAAAGCGACAGGCUAUGGCUCCAUGUCCUCGGGAAUCCUGAAGAAAUACCCUGUGAUUCGUUCUUGGUGCAGACCUUACCUUACAGACCUUACAUCUUGUUCGGGUUGCCCCAGGUCCCUCAGUGUGAGGCACCUCUAAUGUCUACCAGAGAGUUGCUAGUACAGUGGCUACAGCUCGGCGAUGGGGAAAGAUCUUUUGGAAGACUGAUACUCACCCUUCAUCAGCGCAGCUCAGCCGCCAUACAGUUUUCCAAGCUUUGCAGAGGAACCGAAGGACUUUCCUACCUGAACACAAACAUGAUCAAGUUAGAAAACGACGAGACGUACCACGUCGAAUGCGCCUACUUCGGCGAUUAUGAAAACAACGACGGAUCAGGGGGAAGGGCUCUUCUUCAAGGCGUCGAUUGGAAGGAAGAUGCCAUUCGAAAAGGAAACAACGGUCCGUGUGAUUUGUACAGAAUCCGGGCGACUUCGCAGGACGAGUCGAAAGCCACCCAGUUUCAUAUCUUUACCAAAACUACUGCCAGAGUUGCACCCAUUUCCUCUGGAUUUCUCGGAAGGGUAGUGGAGGGCGCACAUGUCUUGACCGAGGCCAUUUCACAGUGCCCGGACGUCAGGAGAAUUUAUGUGAAGGAUUGUGGUGUUUUGAUAAGAAACAUUGUCAGAUGAUCUGUUCAGGUAAUCAGUCCAUCAUUUUCAUUUUAAUUGCAAAAUUGUAACCAGGAAUGCUCCCAAUAAAACCUGAAACAUGA